GCCGAAGGAAUGUAUCAUCCAUCAUUUGGCGCUCAGCUGUUAUCAUAUAAGCGCGCGAAUUCCUUAUUGUUAACGGGUGUAUCGACCAUUAACUCUCUGUGACCUAUAUAUCCGCAACUCAUCGCGUGUAAGAAGUGAUAGUUUCACGUUAUAUAGGAUUUUAAAAUCAUUUCCAAGAAAGCCAGCCAUGGUCUGGGGAGCCAUUGUCGCCCUGAGUGCGGCCCAGGUGAUAGGCGGGGUCCUAUACUCUCGUCUGCUGUUCGGGAAGGCGUGGAUCAGGGCCGCAUUUCCGGGUAAGACCGAGGCGCAACUAGAGAAGAUACAGCGGGAAAGCUUCCACGUGGAGUUUGUCGUCUGUAUCGUGUCACAGGUGGCGCUCGUCAUGGCGAUUCACUACGUCAUAGGUCCGUAUCUGGGUGUGCGCUCUGUGGAGGAGGCGGUGAAGGUGGGGCUGGGAAUGGCGGCCCUCGCCAUGCUGGUUGACGUCUGCCACUGCGCGUUCAGCAAACGAUCAGUCGUCGGCUUCAUCAUCGACCAUCUCUACAACACGUGCGUAUUCGUAAGCGCAUGCGCGUCGUUUGCGUACUUCGGAUGAGUGCGCAUGCGUUUUUUAAAUGAUGUCGAAGCUCGGUGUUGUGGAAAAGGCACGUGCAUUUAAUGUCGAGUCGUGUGAUUAUGCUGCUGACAUUGAGCCCUUGAUGCGUGGUUUGGCAAGGUGUAUAUAUGGUUUAGCCACGUGCAUAGGUUGUUUAUAGCCACGUUUAUUUAUCGUAUUGCCACGUGGAUAUUUGGUUUGGCCACAUGUAUGUGUGGUUUAGUUACGUGUAUGUUUGGUUAAGCCACAUGCAUUAGAGAAAUGACAAAGGUUCUAAAAUUGUCCACAAACAUCGGACGUGCCAUGUGUUUAAGACCUCACUCGAAAAACAUACACCGUAAUUGAAGAGGAUCCUUCACGUGUACAUAUUGAUGUUUCUUUGUGACUUCAUUUUUGCAUAAGUUUAUAUACAUGUUUGUUUUUUUGCAUUUUGUUACUGUGAUGUUAAAAUAAACAUUUGCUACUUAAGUACCGGUAUAUAUCAUUUAAAUCUUGUUGAUAAUAUUGAUCCGAUCUUACUCUGAUAUUAAAAUACAUGUAUAUUGACAUUUUGGCUAAAUGGCAGCGAACCACAAGAAAGUGUUCGUAUAUUCAUUUUACUCGCUGUUGUUGUUUUUGGUUUUCUGUUUUUAAUAGCAUGAAAAAUGCUGUGUUUUGUAAUUUUUACCAUAAUAAAAUUAUUUAAAGAUAUUUACUUUACCAUUUUGUAGUUUUUUGUAGGUAACUUCAUCACAAUAUUAACUUGCAAGACGAUUGGUAGGAAAACACAAUGACCUAUUCAAAUACAUAUGCACAGAUCCCUGGAAAACAUUGUUUGCGAAGCUAUUCAUAUUGUAUACUUUCACCUGCACAGUAUACAUCAUAACAUUUUAUAUUACCCCGUCAUAAUACCGUUGUGAACGUAUGACAUCAUUGUGUGGUCCGUCAUUGAAACUUGCAUUUGAAUUGAUUCAUCAUGGUUGUUGUCAGUUCAGAAUAUAUAUAGUAAAUAGUAUCUGAAAUAU